GCACAGCAUAACGUAUAAAGAUGCUAAGCGUAGGGUUUUUUUAGUUGAAAUAGGUUGUUUCAAGUUUCCAAAUGCCCAGCCUUGUGAUUUUACUUGAGUAGAAAUGGACUUAUUGGAUGAUGAAGAAGAUGUUGAAGCAACACUGGCUAGACUUCAGAGAGAAUGGAAGGAAGAUCAAGCAAAAACUAAGAUUGAUAUCGUUAACAAACCCAGUUACUCGUAUGGCUGUGCUAGGACUAGUGGGGUAGCAGUGGCAAACAAGUCAACGCCCAAGAAACAAAAACAGCAGAGCAAAUCUGUCCUGAAGAUCAAAGUUGUGCCUUGCACACCCAUCCAAAAGCAUUCCAACUUACAAACUGCACAACAAUCCAAGAAUGCUUCAUGUCAAGGACCGUCAAGUCAGAGAAAAACAAAUAUUUAUUCUGAAAUAAAUGGAACAGAAACAGAAAACCUUCCAAAGUCAUCCAAGAACUCUAAAGAAGAUUCUGUGAGGAAGCUUGGUCCGAAAAGGAAGGAAAAUAAACAUCAAGGGAGUUACCGUUGUAAGGAAUGUGGACAGGUUUUUACUUUCAAAGGCAAUCUACGACGACACGAAGAGUGGCAUUUUGCUUCAGCCAAUGAUUUCCAGUGUAAGGAGUGUGGCAAGACAUUUGCAUUGAAGCGGAACUUGGCUAGACACUUGAAGCUGCACAUACCCGUUGACCCAGAUUAUCGUCCGUAUGCUUGUGAUAAAUGUGACAAAUCUUUCCAGCGAGCCAAAACAUUGUACCAACAUAAGAAAGUCAUUCACAGCAACAAACGCCCACAUGCUUGCCAGUUUUGUGUCAAGACGUUCAAAACAUUUUUCAACUUGCAAUGCCACGAGGCUAUACACCUCAACUGCAAGCCUUAUGUGUGCCAAUUUUGUGGAAUGGCCUUUAUACGGAGCUCAUAUCGGACUAUACAUGAACGCAUUCACACCAAUGAACGGCCUUUUAAGUGUGAUGUGUGUGACAAGUCAUUCACGCGAGGAGAUCACUUGAAAAACCAUAAAAAAGUUCAUGCGAAAAAGAAGGCCAAAAAAUCAAAGAAUUCGAAAUAGAAGUUCUCAUUGUUCCAAUAAUAUGUUAAAUUUCAGUAACAAAUAACUGUGACAUAAUUAGCUUAAAUUGGUCGUUUGGGAGUUGAUUGAAAGCAAGCAUUUAUCUGUAAUUUGACAAGAGAUGACUGCAAUUGGUAAAUAUCCCUCGAAGUAAUUUAUUUCGGAAGUUUUUUUGGGGUAAUCUCAAAACACGUGAACCACAUGUUUUUUCAGAAAAAAAUAAUUAGUUAUGAAGCUGAUCCAUACAUAUAUUACGUCUGGCUAUUUAAUUUCAAAUUGUGUUUUCAUUAAACAAUUCCAACUACGUGUAUACAAUGUAUACAAGUUAGUCUGAAAGUGCCUUUUCGAACAGUUUUGAAUUGCAAGAUUUAGUUUAAUGGCAAGUAUAGAGGUACCGUACAUGUACAGUAUAUGCAGUGUACGAAUGCAUUCUACUUAAUACAAUUCUGAAAAGAGUUUUCUCUUUAAUAUAUAACUUUCAUAUUUGCAAAUGACUCAACUUGUAAACAUUUUUCUGAAAAUAAUUAGAAAUUAAAUAUGCAACCAUUUGCAACUGAUAAUGGAAA